UCGGGUGGGAUAAACGCGACCAAAUUACCGGUGCACUACGUGGUGAAAAAACUACAUAUCCCGGUUGCUCGCGUGAAAAAUAGAAUUUGCAACCGUAGUAUACACCACCAUCAACCCACCAGCAAUCUCAUUCUCUUGAGUAGCCUGCUUGGACGGAACAGCGGAUUAGGCUACCUCCUCCAUGUCCUGCGCGAGGAUCCGGUCUCAUUCAACACAGUAAGGAUCGCAGGCAAAGGUCUUGUUUCUCUGGUCCCGUUUCUUGGAGGAUUGUGCUCCGCUGUUCGAGAACAGAAACAAGAUUCCCUAGAAAUGCAGUGACAAUUGAACAAAGAGCUAUCAAAUCACCACCACCACCGCAAACUGAAAAACACAACUAGAAAAAAAGGGAAAAACUGUACAAAAGACCUAUUAUCGACUCCAAGUACGCCACAUCUCAGAGAGCUUACAUUAGUUCCCACAGUCAGGGUUUUGGUUGCCUGUCAAAAGAGUUGCUUAACAUAGAUAACAGUUGGUCUGGCUUACAGGAGUCACACUUUAGAAGGUAAUGUUUUUUUAUACAGCCCAAAUAGCACUUUCACUUUUAUUUAAUAGUUUGUGCGAUAAUGUUUUUAUGUUUUUAUUAUAGCCCGAAUGAGCUGCAUACUUGAAGCUUUUAUAGUUUGUGAAAUUAAACAAAGCAGCAUUAAUUUGCAAAGUGCAAACGGCAAUGCAAAGUGCAAACCGCAAACCAGCAUUCAUUUGCCAAGUGCAAACGGCAAUGCAGUUGAAUCAUGUCCCUAGCUAGAGAGUCACACCACCCCAACAGAACCUGGGCUCUCCGCUCAGCCCAGCGUGGUAACAGAUACUCUGGUGGUGUGCCCUCAUGUGGCACUAGCUAACCUCUCUUGAGUUACUGGACCCUGAGAAGAGGCUUCAUGGGCCACAGCUAAAGAGAUCCUUAUCGACUGACGGAGACAGACUCAGGCCUUAGGUGUCGUCCGCCAAACUGCCGCCAUGAUGUCAUCGGACAACGACGAGACGGGCUCCGACCUUUCGGACUCCCUGGAGGUCCACGAGGUCCUACGGUUUGUGACCCUCGACCCAGGAAGCUGCUUCAAGUCAAAGAGCCUCCCCAUCCUGAAUGGGUCCGGUCCAUCUGGGUGUGACGAACCCCUGCUGGGGGAAUCACGGCAGGUUGAGACCUCUUCUGCAGCCACCGACCCUGACAGCGGCCGGCUUGACCCCCUGACCCCCGCUGACCACGACCCCACCCUGGCUGACUCACCCUCUUCUCGGACCGUCCUGGAGAUCCAGUCCCCCUUGGCGUCCUCCGCGGUGGGCCUGGGCCGGUCCACGACCUCUGGUCCGGGGGAGAAGAAACUGACCUUCUCUUUAGCCCGUUUCCUCCAUAUUCCCGCCAGGAAGUACGUCAGCUCCGUCCUGGCUGACUCACGCUGCUUCCUGUUCUGCAUGUCUUACCUGACGUUCAUUCAGUCCCUGAUGGUGUCCGGUUACCUCAGCAGCGUCAUCACCACCAUCGAGAAGCGCUACAGCCUCCGCAGCUCCGAGUCCGGCCUCCUGGUCAGCUGCUUCGACAUCGGCUCGCUCCUCGUGGUCGUCUUCAUCUCCUACUUCGGAGGCAGGGGUCAGAGGCCGCGCUGGCUGGCGGCGGGCGGGGUUCUGAUCGCCUUAGGGGCGGCUCUUUUUUCCCUGCCGCACUUCAUCUCCCCGCCCUACCAGGCCCAGGAGCUGAACUCCUCAGCGAGCCAUGAGGGGCUUUGCCAAAGUGGGAACGGCAGCGGGCGUGAUGCCCUGGACGUGGGGUCGUGUCCGCGAGACCAGGAGGGUAAUGAUCACAAUCUCUACGUGGUACUUUUCAUCACCGCUCAGAUCCUGGUUGGUGUGGGUUCCACGCCCGUCUACACAUUAGGACCCACCUACCUGGAUGACAACGUCAAGAAGGAGAACGCCUCCCUCUACCUUGCCGUGAUGUAUGUCAUGGGGGCUCUGGGGCCUGCUGCCGGCUACCUGCUUGGAGGUGUUCUGAUUGGCUUCUAUGUUGACCCUACAUCUGUCAUCAUUAUGGACCAGAGUGACCCACGUUUUGUUGGCAAUUGGUGGAGUGGCUUCCUGCUCUGUUCCUUUGCCAUGCUCCUGGUGGUCUUCCCCAUGUUUGCCUUUCCUAAGAAGCUUCCGCCACGCCACAAGAAGAAGAGGAAGAAGAUUGUGUCAGCAGCAGAUGUGUCUAGCGAUGAUGAUGUCAUGAAGGAGAAGGAGAAGGGGCAGAACGUCCAGACGUCCAUGGGCUUUGGGCAGGACCUCAAAGACCUCCCCCGGGCAGCCAUCCGCAUCCUGUCCAACGUGACCUUCCUGUUUGUCAGUCUGUCCUACACAGCGGAGUGCGCCAUCGUUACCGCCUUCAUCACAUUCAUACCCAAGUUCAUCGAGUCCCAGUUCGGCAUCCCCGCCUCCAACGCCAGCAUUUACACUGGUGUUAUCAUCGUGCCCAGUGCUGGGGUGGGGAUCGUCCUGGGGGGCUACAUCAUUAAGAAGCUGAAGCUGGGGGCCCGGGAGUCGGCCAAGCUGGCCAUGAUAUGCAGUGGCGUGUCUCUGCUGUGUUUCUCUACCCUCUUCAUCGUGGGCUGUGAGAGCAUCAACCUGGGAGGCAUUAACAUACCCUACACCACCGGGCCCACCCUGACGACAACCCAGCGGAACCUGACGGGGGGGUGCAACGUGAACUGUGGCUGUAAGAUCCAUGAGUAUGCCCCGGUGUGUGGCUCAGACGGCAUCACCUACUUCAACCCCUGCCUGGCCGGGUGCAGCCUGGUGGGCAACGACAGCUCUGGAAUCAGGAACUACACGGAGUGUAGGUGUGUCCAGAGCAGACAGGUCAUCACACCUCCGUCUGGCAGUCAAGGCAACCAACUACAGCUGGUCAUCGUCAAGACCUACCUCAACGAGAACGGUUUUGCCGUGUCGGGGAAGUGUGACCGCACCUGCAACACCCUCAUCCCCUUCCUCGUCUUCCUCUUCAUCGUCACCCUCAUCACUGCCUGCGCGCAGCCUUCCGCGAUCAUCGUCACGCUCCGGUCUGUGGAUGAACAGGAAAGACCCUUUGCUCUGGGGAUGCAGUUUGUCCUGCUAAGAACUCUGGCCUACAUUCCUACGCCCAUCUACUUCGGGGCGGUGAUUGACACCACCUGCAUGCUGUGGCAGCAGGACUGCGGCGUCCACGGCUCCUGCUGGGAGUACGACGUCACGUCCUUCCGCUUCGUCUACUUUGGCCUGGCCGCCAGCCUCAAGUUCGUCGCCUUCGUCUUCAUCUUCCUCACCUGGUACUCCAUCAAGCACAAGGAGGAGCGUGCGGAGCGCUGGCUUCACCAGCUGCCGCCGCUGGGCACCGUCAGUGACCUCAUCUGCCACGUCGGGGGCCAGAAGGGCCACGCCCGCACCCGCUCCUGCCCGGUGUUCAUCCCAGCCCGCGACCACCCGUCUGUGGCAAUCAUUCUCAGCCGGGGUCACAAUAGCCUCAGUUGUCCCAGCAACACCCUUACAGCAAUAACCCAGCCCCCUCCGUCUCUUCUCCUGCAGCCGCAUAACGAACAUGGAGGCUCCUCCCACGUCUGAGAGCAGGACGGAACCGACGGGCCACAUCUCGUCUUCUUUAGGCCACGCCUCUUCCUCCUCCGCAGGGGUUUAUUGUGACGUGUGCCUUCCUGUGACCUGUCUCCACCCCAUGUCUAGAAUCUAUACCAAUCGGGUGGGGACAUGGCUGUGAUGCUCUGAUUGACGGUCAGCCAGAGCAAUAGACUGACAGCGACAAACUAAUAAGAGAACAUGUCGGCUUCCCAUUGGCCUACUGAACUGCCUGUCUCUGCUCGUCAUGCACAUAGCGAAGUGUUCAAUACCUUCAUUUUGAUUUGGGAAAUGUAUCUAAAUGCCAGCUACUGUAUGAUAUGGCCUGAUGGUGCUACUGUUUUGUAAAGGGUGACGGGGCAUUAGUAUCCUAGUGUUAUUAUUAUCCUAUUGAUGGUACUACAUUACCCAUGAUGCCUCAUCACAGCUGCUGCAAAGCACAAUGUACUAACUGAUAAACAUGUUCUAUUCUAUGCAACGUCUUGUAUAAUAUAGUCCAGGCCAGCCAGUCAGUCAGACAUCAGUACUAUUCCCUAAUUAGUACACUAUAGAACACGAUUUCACAGAGCUCUAGUUGAUUGCAGUGCACUAUAAAGAGAGUAUUGCAAAUUAGCACUGAACUUUGUCCAAACCUAUAGUAUGCCUGUAGUCAAAAAGUUGCUGCCUAGCUGGCCAAUGCUUAUAGAUAGAAGGCUAACCUGCUUGCCUGUGGUAUUUGUAAUGGCCAGUUACUAACAGAGGAGUGGUGGUCUACACCAGUGGUUCCCAACUACGGUCCUCAAGUACCCCCAACAGUACACAUUUUCAUUGUAGCCCCAGCCAAGCACAGCUGAUUCA